AUAAGUAUUCUAAAUAAUAAGUAUGUAUGUAGCCUCACUCACUCACUCAGAUUUGUUUAACCAAAUUAUAAUAACGAAAGAGAGAAAAUGAAGAAAGGAGAACUAGUUUUCAUUCCAUUUCCAAGUGCAGGCCACAUCGUCCCAAUAUUGGAGAUGGCAAAGCAUCUGGUUGCUGGAGAUCAUCGUCUCUCCAUCUCAAUCCUCAUCAUAAAGGUGCCAGGCUUAGAACCCCCCACCAAAUCCUACAUGCAAUCUCUCCUUGGCUCCUUGCCCGUCGAACGCAUCAACUUCAUCGAUCUUACGGAAGCUGAGAUUGUUGACUGCACCAGUUCUAGUCUCAUCGAGUUAGCCACUUCAUUCUACGAAAAUCUCAAACCCUACGUUCGAAGCGCCGUCAAGAACCUCAUCGACUCCUUUUCGAGCCAACCCGACGCGCCUACGCUGGCCGGUUUCGUCAUCGACAUGUUUUGCACUGCCAUGAUUGACGUUGCCGACGAGUUUGGGAUCCCCUCCUACGUGUUCUACGCGUCCGGAGCGGGGUGUCUCCGAUUCAUGGCUCAUCUCGAAUCCCUAACAGCAACCGACCAAAACAAAGACUUUACCAAAUAUAAUGAUGAACCGGAUGCAGAGAUUAUCGUUCCGGGUUUCGCCAACCCGGUUCCGGCCAAGGUCUUCCCCGAUGUGGUGCUGGACAAGGUGAAUUCCCCCUUGAAUCUUGGUCAACAUAGAGAUAUGAGGAGAAGCAAGGGCAUUUUGGUAAAUACGCUUAUGGAGUUAGAGUCCACCAUGAUUGAUUCCUUAGCUGAAGAUAAACUCUUCCCGCCAAUUUACCCUUUAGGACCCAUUGUAAAUCUUAAUAACACUAACCCUAUCUCUAACCAUAAAGAAACUAACAUCGUGACAUGGCUAGAUAGACAGCCUCCAUCGUCGGUAGUUUUCUUGUGCUUCGGGAGCUUGGGAAGCUUCAGUGGGGAGCAGGUGAAAGAGAUAGCCGCGGGAUUAGAGCGGAGUGGGGUUCGGUUUCUUUGGUCCUUAAGAAAACAACCACAGAAAGAUCAUCCAAUUAUCCCAGAGGAAUACACGGAUUUCAAUGAAGUUCUUCCGGAGGGAUUUCUUGAUCGAACGGCUGAGAUUGGAAAGGUCAUAGGUUGGGCUCCACAGGUGACUGUCCUGGCUCACUCCUCAGUUGGAGGGUUUGUCUCCCAUUGUGGUUGGAACUCAACCUUAGAGAGCUUGUGGUUUGGGGUGCCCAUGGCGACGUGGUCUUUGUUUGCUGAGCAACGACUCAACGCUUUCAUGCUAGUGAAGGAGUUCAGAUUAGCGGUGGAGAUUAAGUUCGACUACAGGAGAGGCUUCGAUGAAGGAACUACUGUGAUUGUGAAAGCUGAAGAAAUAGCGGUUGGGAUUAGAAAGUUGAUGGAGCCUAAUAAUGAUAUUAGGAAGAGAGUGAAAGAUAUUAGCGAGAAGGGUAAGAAAGCCUUAUUGGAAGGUGAUUCCUCGUACUCUUCGUUGUGUCGUUUUGUAAACGUUGUGAUUGAUAACAUGCCUUAAAUAUAUAUAUACAUAUCUAUAUAUAUAUAUAUAUAUAUUUAUAUGAAGAUGUGUUUAAUAAAAUUUGACUUUUGAGGUUACAAUAUUAACUUAAUAAUGCGCAUAUUGCGGACUAAAGUUUUCUGUACCCAUUUUUCUAUGUC